GUCGACAUUUGUAUGUAAGAAAAAUCUACCUUUAAAAAAAUUUAAAAUGUCGUUCUUCAUCAAAUCCCAAGGAAAAGCUGCGUCUAAAAAGAAGGUACUGAAGAAUCGAAAAGCUGACAAUUCAAGGGAAAAGGUACAAGCCACCAAAAAGAAGAGAAAGUUACCAAAGGAUGAAGAAAUUCCAAGUGAUUCUGACUUUGAAAGCGGGGAUGAGGGUGUACCUUCUGUACACUCAGAAUCUGAGGAAGAGACUACACAAGAAAAGAGACUACGACUCACAAAACAAUACCUUGCUGAUUUAGAGAAAGAGGAGAGAGAGAAACAGGACGAUGAUGAUGUAGAUAGAGAGGUCAUCUCACAUAUUCUCCAGCAGGAUCAUCUGGAACAGACUGGCAAACUAUGGAAACAAAUAGCAGACACAUAUAUCGCCCCCUCCCCCGAUGAUGUCAUCGUUCUACGUGGGCACCAGUUAGCUGUUACAUGUGUAGUGAUAUCAACUGACUGUAAACACAUAUUUUCAGCAUCAAAAGACUGUUCUAUUAUAAAAUGGGAUGUAAAGACUCAUAAAAAAUUAAAAGUGAUCCAUGGAGGAAGGAAAGGCACUGAGACUAAACACAAGGGACACACUGCACAUAUAUUGGCUUUAGCACUGUCAUCAGAUGGAAAGUUCCUGGCCUCGGGAGAUGCAAAUAGGCUAAUUCAUAUCUGGAAUCCUGAAACAUGUGAGCUGAUACACACUUUUACAGGACACAGGGGGCCAGUCACUGGCCUAGCAUUCAGGAAAGGAACACAUCAACUCUUUAGUUGCUCUCAGGAUAGAUCAGUAAAGAUUUGGAGUGUUGCUGAGAUGGCUUAUGUAGAAACACUACUUGGCCACCAAGACCAAAUAACAUGCAUUGACAGUUUAUCACGUGAUAGAGCAGUAACAUCAGGUGGCCGAGAUGGCUCAGUCAGAAUAUGGAAGGUUGUAGAGGAGUCACAGUUGGUCUUCCAUGGUCACAAAGGCUGUAUAGACUGUGUGUCUCUCAUCAAUGAGGAACAUUUUGUCACAGGAGCUGAGGACAAUUCACUGGCACUAUGGGGUGUAUUGAAAAAGAAACCACUAGCAAUGGUCCAGAAUGCCCAUGACGGCAGCUUGAGUGAUGGGGUAGCUGGGACAGAACAGGAGAACUGGAUCACAUCUGUAGCCUCCCAUCAGACAACUGAUCUCAUUGCGUCAGGUUCUAAAGAUGGCUGUAUCAAAUUCUGGAAGUGUGCUCAAGAUUUCAAGUCCCUUCAACCUCUCUUUUCUCUACCAGUGGCUGGUUUUAUCAACAGUUUAGCUUUCUCAACCGAUGGAUCAUUGCUUGUGGCUGGAGUUGGACAGGAACACAGAAUGGGCAGAUGGUGGAGGAUUAAAGAAUCAAAGAACUCAAUAUGUAUCAUAAAUAUGAAGAAAACAGACACCUAGAUCUUAAGGACGUACUCGAUAUCACAAAAUUAUCAAGACAGUUACAAUAAGCAUCAUUCCGGACAGAUUGGUGACAUUAUCAAAGAUUAUAACUGAGGAAAAAUGUUUAAAAGCUGCUUGUUUUUCCUCCAUUACCAUGGUUACUGACAUUUGUACAAUAAUGUAUGAUAAACCUAGAUAAUCUAAAUUUCAAAUAAAUGAUACUAAUUUGAC